AUGGCUGAGAAAAUGAAAGCCCUAGUGAUAUUGUGUCUUGUCUCCCAAGUAAUCAUUCUAACCGUAAACGCAGCUGAUACAGAAGAUGUUGAUUUCUCAAUACUCAUAAAAAACGAAAUGUUCAAUGUUAAAACCCCUUCGGUAUUCUACAAUUGCCGAUCAUCAAAGAAAAACAUCGGAUGGCACAAAUCGGUUCCAUCCUCAGAGUUUCAAUGGGCAUUCGAAGUUCCUCAGUUUGGUAAUGGCGUGAUGGUUCAUAAAUGUCGUUUCCGGUCGAGCUUAGGAACAGCAAACGUCGAGAUCAGGACCUUGUCUACUACGGCGAUGCUAUGCGACGGGCAAACGUGUAAAUACGCAAUUAGACCUAAUGGGGUUUAUUUCAUUGGUUACGAGUUGUAUUCCCCUCAUGCUAUAUUUGGAAGGUUUUUUGAGUUUUCGAGGCCCGUGGAGAAGCUAGUUGAGCCGUGGAAACCUUGGUCACCACAACAACUCAAAAGUUAUGCACGGUACAAUGCAUCCAGAGCUGGAUUCGGAUCGAGAGACUGA